AUGAGCGCAAAUACAGAAAUGGAUCUUGACGGCUCGGAGACAUCCCACUUUCAGCUUCUUGAUGCCAGUAGAGAGUCAUACGACCCUCAGCUCGCUGCUGCCCUGAGAACGGCACAAGAUGAAUACUCUCUUUCGAAUCCGAAGAGCUCACUGGCCCACGACGAAGCUUGCUUGGAUUUCCCCGGCGGGAAUACGAGGACGGUCAUCCACGCUAGUCCUUUUCCCAUGACCUUUGUCAAUGGCAAAGGGGCUGAAUUGACGAGUCUUGAUGGGAGAGUAUAUGUGGAUUUCCUGGGCGAAUACAGUGCGAGCAUUUUCGGACAUUCGAAUGAGAAGAUUUCCCAGGCUGUAUCGGAAGCCAUGAGCAAGGGCUGGAACUACGGUGGACCCAACACGUAUGAGAGGGAGCUUGCAAGAAAGGUCUGA